AUGAAGCAGGUUACUGUCACGUUCAUCGAGCCCGAUGGCAACGAGGUCGAGGCGACUGGUGAGGAGGGUACCAAUCUGAUGGAGUUGGCGCACGAGAACGAUUGCUCGACAUGCCAUGUUAUCUUGCCGGAAGAGAUCUUCGAUAACCUCGAGGAGCCAACUGACGAGGAAAACGACAUGCUGGAUCUGGCAUUUGGACUCACAGACACGUCGAGGCUCGGGUGCCAGGUCGAGCUGACCGCCGAAAUGGAGGGCAUGCGGAUCAAGCUGCCGUCGGCCACCAGGAAUUUCUAUGUCGAUGGCUCCAAGCCGGCGCACCAUUAG